AUGACCGAAUCUUUCCAGGUUGUGACCACGUUUUUCCAGCCUUCCCCAGGAGUCCACCCAGGCUAUUUCUACCUAAUCAGAACAGCCAGCAAUAUUCUCAAGUAUUUCCACCUAGACGACACCACUCCCCGCAGCCCCGAUGUCAAGGGGUCGAAUUUGGAUUUCAAGGAGGUAAUCAAGGGCAACUGGGUGGUUGGGAUUCUCAAGCCCAGCAACAAGACCAAGGGCAAAUUUAGCGUGGUUUCUAGCUGUGCCACGCCACUCAAAGGAAUCGAGAGAAUCUGGACCGACAGGAUGGUUGACGUCAAAGAUAUCGCUGACGAAAGCGAGGAGUGCGUGUUAGAGACAGACCUCGAGUCAUACUAUACCAAGCCCCUCGUGUGCAAGGUUCGAGUACCUAGCACAGUGCUGGGAGUGGCUGGUUGUGCUGUGUAUUCACGUUUUCCAGAUGUUAUCCAGUUGCUCCAGCGGGAGUCGGACAUCUACCGGAUUAUCCAGGGCAAAGGACUUGCCAGGCGCUUUUUGGCGUACAUCACUGAGGAUCGAAGUAGAGUGAUUGGGUUUAUAGUCAUGGACGUCUCGGAUGACCAGGAUGGUUGGGCGGAGAUUAUGCCGCAGGAUAUCAGGGCCCAGCAGAGGGUCCUCCGCGAGCUUCAUGGGUUUGGCAUUGCGCUCGGAACGGUUUCCCAGCAUUAUACAUUUCUGGAGCUGAAAGACGGCCGGUCUCUCAUUGAGAAUUUCCGUGCUAGUACCCAAAAUGCAAGCAAGCGAACCAUGUCAAGGGAAUUGAAGGUGGUUGGCUACAUCCCCGAUCCCAUUGAUCGUCCCAACUUUGAAUACCUCAGCGAGAAACUGAGAAAGGAACUUCGGGCUAUUCAGAGGAGGGAUGGUGAUGUGCAUAUCGCGGUAAUCAUGCAAGCUACUAAAGAUGGCAUAGUCACGGUUACCGAGAAGGAUCACAAGGAACUCCUAGUAACGCCUCUACGGUCUUGGAACAUCGAUUAG